AGCCUCGGCUGUGUUCCCUAAUCGAUUAAAUACUUGUGAUUAAUCGAUUAAUAGUCGAUUUUUGCCUUAUAUCACACCGAGUCUUCGUCUUCUUCGCCAUUCCUUCUUUUCGAAUCAGAGAAACCCUAGCUUCUUCCCCUCUCAAUUUUUCUCAAUCUUCAUCAUAAAAUUCUCAAAUUUCUUCCAUUUUUUUGCCAAAUUUCAUCUAUUUCAAAAAGGAAGAAUGCCAAGGUGUAAGAACGCUUCCUCGGGUCAAGAAACGGCGGCAGAGGAGAAUGAGAGGCCAUGGCGUCGUGAAGGGAGCAAGUACAUUCACAUUCAAACGGGUCUCGCCUCCAACACUGGGGCUUCAGUUGAGAGGUUCCACAACAUCUUCCUCACGAAGGAGAUCGUCUCUCCCAAGAUCGUGAACAAGGACCUCUUCAAAUCGGCGACCUAUGCCCCGAGUAAGUCUAUGUUCCUUCAGCAAGGAUUGCUUCGUUUCAUUCAUUUGAC